GGUCUCGAGUUCGAUACUCUUCUAGGGUUUUUUACCUCUCCACCGCCUCCUCCUUUUUUUUUUGCCAGCCGUUCUGUAUCUCCCGCCUGCUCACUCGAUCUGCUGCUUAAACCCUAAAACCCAACCUCCAUCACCCUCUCUGAUUGGAGAGAGAUGGAGACGAAGACGGAGAUCGAAUUCACCAAAAAGCCUUACGUCGAAGAUGUUGGUCCUCUCAAAAUACAAAGCAUAAACUUCUCAGUGCUUUCUGAUAUUGAAGUCAUGAAAGCUGCUGAGGUUCAGGUCUGGAAGAACAUGUACUACGAGUCCAAUUUCAAACCUAUUGAAGGCGGCUUGUUGGAUCCUCGAAUGGGUCCUCCAAACAAAAGGUCUACAUGCGCAACAUGUCAUGGCAACUUCCAAAACUGUCCUGGACACUAUGGCUAUCUCAAGCUUGAUCUUCCGGUUUAUAACGUUGGAUUCUUGAGUUUUAUCCUUGACAUUUUGAAGUGUAUCUGUAAGGGCUGUUCCAACAUGCUUAUUGACGAGAAGAUGUAUGAAGAUCACUUGAAGAAGAUGCGGAAUCCAAGAACGGAGCCUUUGAGGAAGACUGAGUUGGCCAAAGCUGUUGUCAAGAAGUGCAGUGCGAUGGCUAGCCAGAGAGCUAUUACAUGCAAAAAAUGUGGAUACCUCAAUGGCAUGGUAAAGAAGCCCGCAGCAUCGCAGUUUGGUAUAGGCAUAAGUCAUGACCGAUCCAGAAUCCAUGGUGGAGAGAUUGAUGAAUUUAAAUCUGCUAUAUCCCACACAAAAGAGUCUGCUGGAGGAAUAAAUCCUCUUACCUAUGUUCUUGAUCCUAACGUGGUGCUUAGACUUUUUAAAGGAAUGAGUGACAAGGACUGUGAACUUCUUUAUAUUGCUCAUAGACCUGAGAAUCUUAUCACAACGUGCAUGCUCGUGCCACCUUUAUCAAUCCGACCGUCUGUUAUGAUUGGUGGUACUCAAAGUAAUGAAAACGACAUAACAGAGAGAUUAAAGAAAAUCAUUCAAGACAAUGCUUCUCUUCAUAAAAUUUUAAGUCAGCCUACCACAUCGCCCAAAAACAUGCAAGUAUGGGAUACACUUCAAAGCGAGGUUGCCCAAUACAUUAACAGUGAAGUCCGAGGUGUCCAGGUCAUGCCAAACGCCAAGCUACUGGCUGGACUCCUUCAGCGUCUGAAAGGAAAAACGGGACGUUUCCGUGCAAACUUGUCAGGAAAGCGUGUCGAGUUCACUGGUAGAACUGUUAUUUCACCUGAUCCCAAUUUGAAAAUUACAGAGGUUGGAAUUCCUAUUCUUAUGGCCCGGAUCUUAACUUUUCCUGAAUGUGUUUCCCAUCAUAAUAUUGAUAAGUUGAAGCAAUGCGUCCGUAAUGGCCCUAAUAAAUAUCCUGGUGCCAGAAGUGUCAGAUAUACAGAUGGUUCUUCAAGGACUUUGGUCGGUGAUUAUCGGAAGCGUAUUGCUGAUGAACUGGCCUUUGGAUGCAUAGUUGACCGUCAUUUGGAAGAUGGGGAUGCUGUUCUUUUCAACAGACAACCGAGUCUGCAUCGGAUGUCUAUCAUGUGUCACAGGGCAAGAAUAAUGCCUUGGAGAACAUUGAGGUUCAACGAAUCGGUUUGUAAUCCAUAUAAUGCUGAUUUUGAUGGUGAUGAGAUGAACAUGCACGUACCACAAACAGAGGAGGCUCGUACAGAGGCUAUUACAUUGAUGGGGGUACAAAACAAUUUAUGCACCCCAAAAAAUGGAGAAAUGUUAGUAGCAUCAACACAGGAUUUUUUGACAUCUGCCUAUUUGAUAACGAGAAAGGACACAUUCUAUGACCGUGCAGCCUUUUCACUUAUAUGUUCUUACAUGGGAGAUGCCAUGGAUUCCAUAGAUUUGCCCACGCCCACAAUCUUUAAGCCAAUAGAGCUUUGGACGGGUAAACAGGUUUUUAAUGUUUUGCUGCGCCCAAAUGCAAGUGUCAGAGUCUACGUUACUCUUAAUGUGAAAGAGAAGAACUUCAAGAAGGGAGAAGAUUAUGACGAAACAAUGUGCAUAAAUGAUGGAUGGGUUUAUUUUCGAAACAGUGAGCUAAUAUCAGGACAACUGGGGAAGGCUACAUUAGGAAAUGGAAGCAAGGAUGGAUUAUAUUCAAUUCUUCUUCGAGAUUACAGCUCCCAUGCAGCUGCAGUCUGCAUGAAUCGUCUAGCAAAAUUGAGUGCUCGGUGGAUUGGAAUCCAUGGCUUCUCCAUUGGGAUCGAUGACGUUCAACCUGGAGAAAAGUUGAAAAAGGGAAGAAAAAAAAUAGUCGAUCAACGAUAUGAUGAUUGUGAUAAAUUAAUUAAGAAUUAUGUUAAAGGAGAUCUAGAUGCUGCAAAAACACUGGAAGCUGAGUUAACAGGGUUUCUUAAUAAAAUUCGAGAAGAGACUGGGAAGCUCUGUAUGGAGGGAUUGCAUUGGAGAAACAGUCCCUUGAUUAUGUCACAAUGUGGUUCCAAGGGAUCCCCUAUCAAUAUCAGUCAGAUGGUUACAUGUGUUGGUCAGCAGUCAGUUAAUGGUAGCCGUGCUCCUGAUGGAUUUAUAGAUCGAAGUCUUCCUCAUUUCCCUAGAAACUCCAGAACACCUGAAGCUAAGGGUUUUGUUGCUAAUUCCUUCUACGACGGCCUUAGUGCCACAGAGUUUUUCUUUCACACUAUGGGAGGACGAGAAGGUCUAGUUGAUACAGCGGUGAAAACCGCCAGUACAGGUUACAUGUCCCGUAGACUGAUGAAAGCCUUGGAGGAUCUCUUAGUCCAUUAUGAUCACACAGUGCGAAACGCCAGCGGAUGCAUACUUCAGUUUACUUAUGGGGAUGAUGGGAUGGACCCAGCACUAAUGGAAGGAAAGGAUGGAAAGCCUUUAAAUUUCGAUAGAUUAUUUCUGAAAAUUCAGGCCACUUGUCCUCCUAGAUCGCAUCACAGUUAUCUUUCUUCAGAAGAAUUGUUGCAAAAGUUCGAUGAGGAAUUAGUCAGGCAAGAUACAAGUCGGGUUUGCACUGACGCCUUCGUGAAAUCUCUUCGAGAAUUUGUUUGUUUGCUCGGUGUAAAGUCUGCAAGCCCGAGCCAGAUUUUCUCUAAAGGAUCUGGUGUGACUGAUAAGCAACUCGAGGUUUUUGUGAAAAUUUGUGUAUCUCGAUACCGAGGAAAAACAAUAGAACCUGGGACUGCAAUUGGACCAAUAGGAGCUCAGAGUAUCGGAGAGCCUGGGACGCAAAUGACUCUGAAAACUUUUCACUUUGCUGGAGUUGCUAGCAUGAAUAUCACCCAAGGAGUUCCUCGAAUCAACGAAAUCAUAAAUGCUACCAAAACUAUAAGCACGCCUGUCAUCUCUGCAGAACUUGAGAACCCCCUGGUAGAGGCUAGUGCACGAAUGGCCAAAGGACGCAUCGAGAAAACUACUUUAGGACAGGUUGCUGAGAGUAUCGAGGUGCUUAUGACUUCAACAUCAGCGUCAGUGAGGAUAACCCUUGACAAGAAAAUAAUCGAGGAGGCGUUUUUGUCUAUAACCCCCUGGUCGGUUAAAAAUGCCAUACUAAAGACCAGAAUCAAACUGCAGGAUGAGAAUAUCAGGGUCUUAGAUACGGGAUUGGAUAUUAUUCCAAAGGGAGAUCAAUAUGGAACUCAUUUCACUCUCCACAAUCUGAAGAAUGUGCUGCCAACUGUUAUAGUGAAUGGGAUCAAAACAGUUGAGCGAGUUGUUAUAGCAGAGGAUACAGAUAAAAAGAAAGAGAUAGAUGGGAAGAAGCCGUUGAAACUCUUUGUGGAGGGAACAAACCUCCUGGCUGUAAUGGGGACUCCUGGAAUCAAUGGGAGAACUACUACAAGUAACAAUAUUGUCGAAGUGAGCAAAACACUGGGAAUUGAGGCUGCAAGGACGACAAUUAUUGAUGAAAUAGGGUCAGUUAUGGGAAACCACGGCAUGAGUAUAGACAUUCGUCACAUGAUGCUUUUGGCUGACGUCAUGACUUACCGGGGUGAGGUACUCGGGAUACAAAGAACCGGGAUACAGAAGAUGGACAAAAGUGUGCUGAUGCAGGCAUCCUUUGAGAGGACUGGAGAUCAUUUAUUUAGUGCAGCAAUUAGCGGGAAAGUUGAUAACAUAGAGGGAGUUACAGAAUGUGUGAUUAUGGGCAUACCAAUGAAACUCGGAACCGGAAUCCUCAAAGUCCUCCAAAAGACUAUGACUAAAGAUCUGCCUGAGACUAAAGAUCUGCCUAAGCUGAACUAUGGUCCUGAUCCAAUCAUCUCUUGAAGAGACAGUUCACGCUGCGGAACAUAUAUAUUUUUCUUUUUUUUCUUCUGUUCUGAUCUGAUCAUUGCUUAGAUACUAAAUAUCUUUCGAGGCAUUUUCUUUUGAACC